CUGGGUGCAAAACCGCCGACGUUGGGGUCCCAUGGCAUCCGCGCCGACUCUGUACACGAUGGACCGGGAAGCUCGCUUGGCUGGCCAGCCAGAGAAUGACGAGACCAAGUGGCUACGGCGCUGUCUGCCUGUAUUCGUCCAACCCCAGGUUGACCUGGAUAACGAGAACCAUCUGAUCAAGAUCCUCUAUGCGUUCGACCGCAACUCGAUGGACGCGACGCUGUCAUGCCACCUCUGUGUCAUCUUUGCUGGCGAAUCCUCGUACAAUCGCAAGCACGAACACAAACACAACUCCUUCGCCACGCUAUUGUACCGGUCUUUCAACCGACACGCAUACGAACGCACGGCGGACAUCAACUACAUGGAAUUCCGUGGCGUCGACCUCACUCCAGAUGCAGCGCAACCGUGGCAAAGCAUCUACACCGAAGAUCACUCGGGGGCGCAGCGAUGGUCGCAAGGAGACAAAGCCAACAUUUGCAACUGGUUUUCCCUCAUGCAUCACUACGAGACGGAAGUCCCGGUGGAAGAAUGGCACAUCGCAAGCAACUCGGCUCGGCCGUAUGUGUACUUGAACACGUGCAACCACAUGAUCGGCGAGACGGACAACAACCCGCACCUGCCAAAGCACGAAUGGAUCAACUAUCAGUUCCAAGAAGGCGAUGCGUACGACGCGUUGGCUUGGGUGAAAGAGCACAUUCCAACCAAGACGAAUCUGUACUCGAUUUGCUGUUGCUGCUGGGCCAGAAACGGCGGCGGCUGCUGCGACCGCCACGUCAUCGCUUCCAGGCACCCCAAGCUGCACGGUUCGCCGGACAAGACGCAUUACAUUUUGCAUGAAGAUGACCCCGACAACGUUGUUCCGGCGCCGAAAGCAGUCAAAACGUUGAAACAAAAGCGAGGCUUUUAACUUAAUGCCUCCCCAUGCGAACCAUUUUCCG